AUGAGGCCUUCAGCCGUUGCAAUGGGAAAACAUUUUGGAAAUUUGGGAAAAAUGUAUGGAGAGCAUAGAUUUGCAUUGGCUCCAAACGAACAAAAAGCUUAUAAAGGAUUCUUCGAUCAGGCAUUUGUGAGAACCUUCAAAACCUACGUUUGGGAUCAAUGGUACUACUACAUUCCACAAACUAUUGGUGCAUAUCUUCUCUACGAUUGGGCCAAGAAGACAAAUGUUGCUGCAAACCGCAAAAAUCCAGCUGAUUUUGCCAACGACGAAUAA